GCUUUUCAUUCCAUGAAAGCAAAACCCGUCCGUGGGGCGAUGCAAUUCCUAAGACGAACUGGAUUACUGAGAAGCCUGCGCUUUCUUCGUUCAACAGCGAUGGCUUCCAGGACCCUGUCUUCCUCCUCCUCUUCUUCUUCUUCUUCUUCAUCAGCUGCAAAAGGUAAACUUUCCUCUCUCUUCGCACACCCACUUAGAAAUUCUCCCCAAAGUUCCAAGCUUCCUCAAGAACUCGCCGUCAGCGUCUCGCCUCCGCCCCCAAAAUCCACGCUUUCCGCCGACGCGGAGGACCGACCUCGGCCCGCUCUUCUCCUCGAGAAGAAGUGGAAAACGGGGGAUUUCACCGUGGACGAGGCGCUCCGCCACUUCGACCGCAUGAUCUCCAUUCGACCCGUUCCUCCCACUUCGUCGUUCGGCGUGUUGUUGGGCGCCUUAACUAAGAAGAAGCACUACUCUGCAGUGAUUUCUCUCCGCGGAAAGCUGGAAGUUACUGGGCUCCUGUCUGAUUAUUUUGUGCUGAAACUUUUGUUGAACUGCUUCUGCAAUGAGAGACGGGUGGAGGAUGCUUUCGCUGUAUUGGGGGCGAUUUUUCGCCGAGGUCAUUGCCCUGGUAUAGUCACCUAUAAUCAAUUGGUGAAGGGAUUGUGCUUGAAGCAUAAAAUCGGUGAAGGGGUUGCCUUGUUUAAGAAAAUGGCGCGUCUGGGUUGCAGGCCGACCGUUGUUACCUAUGGCACUUUGAUUAGCGGGUUGUGUCAGACCGGUAACACGACCAUGGCGCUCAAGUUACAUGAAGAAAUGCUGAGUAGCAACGGUGAACAUAGCGUUGUAUGCAGGCCGAAUAUAGUUUGCUAUGGUGCUCUUAUCGAUGGACUAUGCAAAGACGGGUUAGUAGAUGAGGCCAGCAAACUUUUCAUGGAGAUGAAAGAUAGCGGUAUUUCACCAAAUUUGGUUGUUUACAACUCGCUGAUAUGUGGCUUGUGUUGCAUGGGACAGUACAAGAAAGCCACUGAUUUGCUUAACGAGAUAGUGGAUCAAAGAAUUGAACCUGAUAUAAUUACAUUUAAUUCUUUGUUAAAAGUUCUUUGCAACCAGGGGAAGUUCAAAGAAGCUGAAGACAUGCUCAAAUUGAUGAUUGAGAGGGGCGUAGAUCCUAGUAUUGUUACCUAUAACACGGUAAUGGAUGGCUUGUGUUUAGCGGGUAAGGUUGAUGAGGCAAGGGAAUUGCUUGCUCACGUGUUGAGUAAGGGUUGUCUAGUUACUGCGGUCAGCUUCAAUGUGCUGAUCAAUGGGUAUUGCAAUCAGGGUAGAAUGGAAGAAGCCAUGAAUAUGUAUAAGAAGAUGAUUGAUAAUGGAGUUAACCCAACAAAAGUUACUUUUAGCACUUUAAUGCUUGGUUUUUUCCACAAAGGUAGGGUCGUUGAUGCACGCGAAUUGUUUAGUGAAAUGAAACGUCAUGAAGUGGAACCCGAUUCAUACACAUUCAACAUACUUUUAGAUGGACUAUGCAAGAAUAAUUUGCUUUCAGAUGCAUUGGAUUUGUUUCAUUCCAAAGAUUGCAAUGGAAAGGCAAAUGUUGCAACCUUCAAUUGCCUCAUUGAUGGGUUAUGCAAAACGGGGAAUCUGAAAGCUGCGUGGGACUUAUUUCACAGGUUGCAGCAGGAUGGGUUAGCACCGAGUGUUGUAACGUACUCUAUCAUGAUUAAUGGGCUCUGUCGACAAGGUCAACUUGAAGAGGCAACUGAGCUAUUUUUAAAAAUGGAAGACAAUGGCUGUGCUCCAAAUGUCGUCACAUUCAACACAUUAAUGCAUGCUUUUUGUCAAAAUCAUGAGGCGUUGAAGGUGAUUGAGCUGCUUAAGAAAAUGGCAGGAAAAAAUAUAUUACCAGAUGCAACCACAGCAUCCAUUGUAUUUGACUUGCUUUCAAAGGACAAAAAUUAUCACGAGUAUCUGACUUUACUUCCAGCAUUCCCUUCUUGAAAAUAUGGGGGAGAGGACACUGUUCGGUCAUUGGCAUGCUUUUUGCAGAAGGACUGCAGCGGACAUGACCAGCAUCAUCCUGCGGUUGAGAUUCUGGCGGAUGUUGAAUGUAUGUGAAGAAGCAUGUGACACAUCCCUUCGCCCGCCUGUCUCUAUAUAAUUGCUUUAUGUUUUGCCUCAAUAAGUCCUAUGUUUCUUAAUAGAAUUGAAGACAAGAUCGAUUGGACCAUCCAGUUGUGUAGUUGUUGGAAUGCCCAUGUUGGAGACUCAUAUCUCGAAGAAGUCCAGGAGCUCUGCACCGCUGGGUCUCAUGUGGUGCAUUUGGAAAUGGAAAGGACAAACCAAAAGAAUUUAGGAGUUCAUAGUUGGAAGCUGUUACCAGAAAGUAAGAGGAUGGUUAUAAGGUUGUCUGCAAUGGUGCUAGAGUGGAGCUGGAGAAAGCACUCUGCACUGUUGCAGCAAAAGGAGUGAUGAACCGCAGGAAAGGUCCAAAACGAUUCUACUUGAGAACUGGCACGGCUGGAGUUCUUAAUUUCGGAAUGCUGGGCUUAAUGCAUGUUAGUGAGGAAGAGUAAUGCAUUCAAGAAGUUUGAGCCGGUCUUGUUAUUCAACUAUUACUAAAGCUGGAUGCUGAUGUUGCUAGAUCAGGAGUCCACAACUUCAAAUUUUCUUCUAGUCUGUGCAUCUUAUAAUUUCCUUGGCACUCAGGUUAAGGCUUAUCCUUCCUAACAAUAAGAUCCAUAUGAUGAGUUGGGUGGAAUGGACCACUUUUGUUGCUAUCUAUGUGGUUUGUACUUGUUUCUGCUGGUGGGCUAGUUGACCAUGCAA